AUCAUCAUGCCUUUAACUAGAGAUUUAGUGCAUCCAUCCCUAGAGGAUGAAAAGAAGAAACAUAAAAAGAAACACCUGGUUCAGAGUCCAAAUUCUUACUUUAUGGAUGUCAAGUGUCCAGGCUGCUACAAGAUCACCACAGUCUUCAGUCAUGCCCAGACAGUGGUUCUUUGUGUAGGUUGCUCAACUGUGUUAUACCAGCCUACUGAAGGAAAGACCAGACUCACAGAAGGUUGCUCAUUUAGAAGAAAGCAACAUGAAUGA